AUGUCUGUUUUGACUGUGAGAUAAGACUAACCAGCAACAGCACUCCUCAGUCUCUAAAACUUCACUUAAAAUAUAUUUUUAAUACUUUACAGUCAGAAUAGCAACAGUCAAAUAAGUAACUGAUAGAUUUAGAGCGAUUUGUUAUAAACAGACAAUAAUAACACGGUAAAGAAUGAACCUUACCCUACUCGAGUCACAACUUGGACACGUGCCAGCCAUUCCUUUCGUGAGGUCACACAGAAUGAGCUAAACGCGGAGGCGUCGAUGUGAUGUGUUAUUCAUGUGGGCUCCCGUGGUUCAUCUUGAAGUGGUUAUAGGUGGUGGCCCGACAUAACGACAUAGAAGGAGUCUCCGGUUACACGGAAAACAUUUAGUAGCUCCUUGUGUUUUAGGCCUACUGUGAAAAACGGAGACCUGGAGAUCACGUAUUUUUUGGAACCUUGCACGACUGGGAAGGGAUCAAAACAACAAUGCAGAGUGGCACCAAUAUAUCAGAGACAGCCAAUGAGUUAUGUAACGCGGUGUCUGUGUCUUUAGGUUUGAGUUCGCAGUUAAACGAGAUAGCGGAUAAUGGACGGAGCGAUACUGCCUUCUCUGCAGACAGCCGCCCAAAUUACGGAAAACGUUUCUCUGUCUCGGAGUCAUCUCCAGAGUUUGGAGCAGGCGCAAAUAUGACCUCAGAGUUAACCAACCAGAUGCCGAGGAAAACGAUAAUUAAAUCAAAUGAUCUCGGGCCAUCGUUCGAAGUAAAUGAAGACAUUAGUGGACUAAAUGAUGUGGGUUUUUUACAGACACUGGAGCGCGAAAGGGACAGCGAAUGCAAGGUGACAAGGCCUAUGCACGAGUUGGAGAUGGCCCGAGGUCUCCGUAAAAACUCGGACAUGUUCGUGAAUCUGGAUAACGCUAACGCACUCUCCAUGCCCUUUCAGUUUGACGAACUGUUACCGUUAAGUUUUCCAUUCCGUAAAGACUCCCCAACCCCGUUAUUCGGUAGGGACUUUCCGGACCCAUUGACCGUCAAUAACCUCAUCCAAAGCAGACGUAACAAAACCGAACCAGGGCACGAGGGACCCUGUCCGGUGGCGGGUGGAUCUUGGUUCUGUAAAUAUUGUGACAACGGAAAUUGCAUGUCUUGUGGAGCACGUAAACCCUGUCCCCCUGGGGUUAACUAUCAGGACUAUGACUCUGGGAUGCCACAGAACGGUCAUGUCCAGGAGCAAAGUUACCAAAGUGUAAUGAUGAUGCAUGAAAUGGGUCUUCAGCAAGUGUAUCACUCCGCUAUCAAGAAGGAGAGUUCUGGAUGGAUGGGUGCUGACUCAAGCUUGAGAUGUGAGGAUAUGUUGCCAGUGAGGGUGUAUUUCUCAGACCGGAGGGUGUGUAAGGUAUGUGGAGACGAGGCGUCAGGCUGUCACUAUGGAGCUGUUACCUGUGGGAGCUGCAAGGUGUUCUUCAAGAGGGCCGCAGAGGGUAAGCAGAAUCACCUGUGCGCCAGCCGUAACGACUGCACCAUCGACAAACUGAGGAGGAAGAACUGUCCUUCCUGUCGUCUCAGCAGAUGCUUCCGGUCUGGAAUGAGCCUCAAAGGCCGGAAGCUGAGGGGAGCUGGCCCGCUGAAAGGAGGAGUGGAGGGGGGAACACAAGCACCCGGCAGAGAGAGGGAAGGAGAGAGGACUGGGGGGAGAGAGUUAGCCACCAUUUCCCCACAGGCUCAAUGUGAGGGCUAUGCUGCCUCGCAGGCUCACGCUCUUGGCCCCUCCCCCAGCCUGCACCCCUCCCUCCUCAAUGUCCUGAGUUCCAUCGAGCCAGGAAUGGUCAACGCAGGCCAUGACACCUCCCAGCCAGACUGUUUCGCCUCGCUACUGUCCAGUCUCAACGAGCUGGGAGAGAGACAACUGGUGUCUGUGGUGAACUGGGCUAAAGCCAUGCCAGGAUUCAGGGAGCUGCAUGUAGAAGACCAGAUGUCAGUGAUCCAGUCUUCGUGGCUGGGGUUGAUGGUGUUCGCUCUGGGCUGGAGGUCCUACACCAACUCCGAUGCCAGAGAGCUCUACUUCGCUCCUGACCUCAUCUUCAACGAUCAGAGGAUGCGUGUGUCCAGUAUGUAUGAACACUGUGUCCAGUUCCGUCUGCUAUCCCAGAGGUUCUGUGUGCUCAGAGUCACCCAGGAAGAGUUCCUCUGUAUGAAGGCUCUGCUCCUCUUCAGCAUCAUCCCUGUGAAGGGUCUGAGGAAUCAGAAGUGUUUUGACGAGCUGAGGUUCUCUUACAUCAAGGAGCUGGAUCGUCUGGCCAGCCACCAUGGAGAAAAACACCACACACAACGUCUGUUCCAGCUCACACAGCUACUGGACUACCUACACCCGAUUGUGAGGAAGCUGCACCAGUUCACCUAUGAUCUGUUUAUCCAGGCCCAGUCUCUGCCCACCAGAGUCAGCUAUCCAGAGAUGAUCUCUGAGAUCGUCAGCGUUCACGUGCCCAAGAUGCUCACAGGCAUAGUUCAGCCAAUCCUCUUUCACAAUACACCUUGCUAGAGGGUCAUCAUAUCACAAUGCACCUUGAUAGAGGGUCAUCCUAUCACAAUGCACCUUGCUAGAGGAUCAUCAUAUCACAAUGCACCUUGCUAGAGGUUCAACCUAUCACAAUGCACCUUGCUAGAGGAUCAUCAUAUCACAAUGCACCUUGAUAGAGGGUCAUCCUAUCACAAUGCACCUUGCUAGAGGAUCAUCCUAUCACAAUGCACCUUGCUAGAGGAUCAUCAUAUCACAAUGCACCUUGCUAGAGGUUCAACCUAUCACAAUGCACCUUGCUAGAGGAUCAUCAUAUCACAAUGCACCUUGCUAGAGGUUCAACCUAUCACAACGCACCUUGCUAGAGGGUCAUCAUAUCACAAUGCACCUUGCUAGAGGGUCAUCCUAUCACAAUGCACCUUGCUAGAGGUUCAACCUAUCACAAUGCACCUUGCUAGAGGAUCAUCAUAUCACAAUGCACCUUGCUAGAGGUUCAACCUAUCACAACGCACCUUGCUAGAGGGUCAUCAUAUCACAAUGCACCUUGCUAGAGGGUCAUCCUAUCACAAUGCACCUUGCUAGAGGUUCAACCUAUCACAAUGCACCUUGCUAGAGGGUCAUCAUAUCACAAUGCACCUUGCUAGAGGUUCAACCUAUCACAAAACACUAUUAGAGGUUCAACCCAGGGCCGGCCCUAGGCAUAAGUUAUUUUAUAUUUGAUUUUAUAUUUUUGGAACUCAGUCGGGGUCUCAACUUACUGUUGAGAGUUAAAAUAGUAAAAUACAUAGGUUGAGACCUUUUUGAAAGAGCACAGUUAGAAAGAUAUGGCAUAUAGAAGCAAACCAGAUGGACAUCAUGAAAAUGAUCGGAGAGGU